CUCAGCACUGGCAACAUGUCGGGACAGCCGCCUGCAGUGGUCAUUGACAAUGGUACCGGGUACACCAAGAUGGGCUUUGCCGGCAACGUGGAGCCGCAGUUUGUGGUGCCGACGGCGAUUGCGUCGAACGAGGAGACUGCGUCGAACAAGGGAGCGCGUGGCGGCCCGUCGACGGUCAAGGGACUGGAGGACCUUGACUUCCACAUUGGCGACGAGGCACUCGCUCACCAGAACACGUACCAGGUGUACUACCCGAUCCGGCACGGGCAGAUCGACAACUGGGACCACAUGGAGCGGUUCUGGGAGCAGUGCUUCUUCAAGUACCUGCGUGCUGAGCCGGAGGACCACCACGUGCUCCUGACCGAGCCGCCGCUCAACCCGCCGGAGAACCGCGAGUACACUGCGGAGAUCAUGUUCGAGACUUUCAACGUGCCCGGGCUGUACAUUGCGGUUCAGGCAGUGCUUGCACUUGCGGCGUCGUGGACGUCGUCUGCGGUGACGGAGCGGACGCUGACGGGCACGGUGAUUGACUCGGGUGAUGGCGUGACGCACGUCAUCCCGGUCGCCGAGGGCUACGUCAUCGGCUCUGCCAUCAAGCACAUUCCGAUGGCCGGGCGCGACAUCACAUCGUUCAUCCAGCAGCUGCUCCGCGAGCGCGAGGGCUCGGCGAUUCCGCCGUCCGAGUCGCUGGAGGUGGCCAAGCGUGUCAAGGAGAUGUUCUCGUACGUGUGCUCGGAUGUGGCCAAGGAGUUCAGCAAGUACGACAAGGACCCGGCCAAGUGGAUCAAGCAGUACGAGGGCGCCGACCCGCGGACCAAGAAGCCGUUCACCAUCGACGUCGGCUACGAGCGCUUCCUCGGCCCCGAGCUGUUCUUCAACCCGGAGAUCUUCUCGUCCGACUUCCUUACCCCGCUCCCCACCGUUGUCGACGCCUCGAUCCAGGCCACGCCCAUCGACGUCCGCCGCCCGCUGUACAAGAACAUUGUGCUCUCGGGUGGUUCGACCAUGUUCAAGGACUUUGGCCGCCGUCUCCAGCGCGACGUCAAGCGCACCGUCGACAAGCGCAUCAAGGUCUCCGAGGAGCUCUCCGGCGGCCGCAUCAAGGCCAAGCCCAUCGAGGUCAACGUCAUCUCGUACCCUAUGCAGCGCAACGCUGUCUUCUUUGGCGGCUCCAUGCUCUCCUCCACCCCCGAGUUCUACACCGUCUGCCACACCAAGGCCCAGUACGACGAGAUCGGCCCGUCGCUCGCCCGCCACAACCCGGUCUUUGGCGCUGGCGCCUAA